GGGACCUGUCACGGUGUGGGCUGAGGGGAGGGAAAUGUGGCGGGUCCUCAGCCUGAGGGAGAGGCCGGACUCCGGUAUUCCUGAGGGAAAAAGGGAAAUUCUGGGUUUUCCUGAGGGAAGAGGAAAUUUCCCAUUUUCUGGAGGGAAAAGGAAGUUGCAGGUUUUGUUGAGGGAGCGGCUGGUUUUUGAUUUUCCAGAGGGAGAUGGAAGUUACUAGUUUUCCAGAGGAAAAUGGAAAUUUCAGGUUUUUCCAGAGGGAAAGGCUGGUUUUUAGUUUUCCUGAGGGGAAAAGGGAAUUUCUGGUUUUUCUGAGGGAGAGACCAAUUCCUGGUUUUCCUAAGGGGAAAGGAAUUUUUAAUUUUUCCUGGAGGAGGGUCUGGUUUCUGAUAAUUCCUGAGGGAAAAAGGAAAUUACUGGUCUUCUGGAGGAAGAGGCCAGUUUCUAGUUUUCUUGAGGGAAAAGGAAUUGUCUGUUUUUCCUGAGGGAAAGGGAAAUUCUCUUUUUCUAGAGGCAGAAGCCAUUUUCUGGUUUUCCUAAGGGGGAAGAACUUCCUUUUCCCUUGGAAAUCGCAGGUUUUCCAGAGGGAGUGGCUGGGUUCUGUUUUUCCCACUGGAAAAGGAAAUUUCUUUUUUUCCUAUGGGAAAAGGACAUUUCUGCCUUUCCUGAGAGGAAAUAGAUUUUUCCUGAGGGAGAGAUUGGUUUCUGGUAUUCCUGAGGGAAAAUUACAUUUCUGGUUUUACUGAAGGAGAAGUAAUUUUCAGAAUUUCCUAAGGGAAAAGGAAAUUUCUGGUCUUCCUGAGUGAGCGACCAGUUUCUAAUUUUCCUGAGUGAAAAGGAGAUUUCUGGUUUUUUCCAGAGGGGAAAGAGAAUUUCUGUUUUUCUGGAGCUGGUUCCUGGUUUUCCUGAGGGGAAUGGAAUGUCUUGUUUUCUGGAGGGAGAGACCAUUUCCUAGUUUUCCCAAAGGAAAAGGAAAUUCCUGGUUUUCCUGAGGGAGAGGCUGAUUCCUGGUUUUUCUAAGGGGAGAGAAAAUUUCUGUUUUUCCUGAAGGGGAGGCUGGUUUCUGGUUAUCUUGAGGGAGAGGGAAAUUUCUGGUUAUCCUGAGGGAGAGGCUGGUUUGUAGCUUGGCUGAUGGAAAAGGAAACUUCUGUUUUUCUGGAGGUAGAGGCCAGGUUGUAUUUUCUGAGGGAAAAGAUUUUUAGCCGUGGCAGAGGGGGAGAUGGCAAGGCCGCUCCUCCGGCUGGUGCAGGAAGGACGACUGGACCUCCUCCGGGAUGAGCUGCGGCCGGACGACGUGCUGGGCUCAGCGGUGCAGAGCCGGCACUAUGGACGCUCAGGGGACACGCUGCUGCAUCACGCUGCCCGAUACGGACACCAGGAUGUCCUCGCUUACCUGGUAGAGACGCUGGGGAUGGAUGUUGAGGUGUUCAAUAGUGACUACAAAAGACCCCUCCAUGAAGCAGCUUCCAUGGGCCACAGGGAGUGUGUCUCCUACCUCAUGGAGAGAGGCGCGAGCGUAGACUGCUUGAAAAAGGCAGACUGGACUCCCCUAAUGAUGGCUUGUACCAGGCAAAACCUGGAGGUGAUUAAAGCUCUUGUGGAGCAUGGAGCCAACCCGCUGCUGAAGAACAAGGAUGGCUGGAAUUGCUUCCACAUCGCGAGCCGGGAGGGCCAUCCCCAGGUCCUCCGGUACUUGCUGGAUGUGUCUCCGGGCAGCUGGGACACAGAGAGCACGAUAAAGAGGACUCCUCUGCACACCGCAGCAAUGCACGGCUGUUUUGACGUUGUGGAGCUACUCCUGGAGCGGUGCCAGUACAAACCUGACAGCAGAGACAAAUGUGGAGUCACUCCCUUUAUGGAUGCCAUCCAGAAUGGGCAUGUCAACAUCGCCCGGCUGCUCCUGGAGAAACACCAGGCCUGUCCUACAGCUGUGGACGCGCUGGGUGCUCAACCUCUGCACCGGGCAGCUGUCACGGCCCAGGAUGAAGCCAUCCAAUUCCUUGUCUCCGAGCUGGGUGUCAAUGUCAACGAGAGAGCGACGACCUUCCAGCUCACAGCGCUACACUACGCAGCCAAGGAAGGACAUGUGCACACCAUCCAGACGCUGCUGUCCCUUGGUGCUGAUAUCCACGCAAAGGAUGAGAAGAGCCGUUCUGCCCUGCACGCAGCGUGUGCUGGGCAGCAGGCGGCUGCUGCACGGAUCCUGCUCUGUGCCGGGCUACAGGACAUGCCGGAUAGCACGGGCACACUGGCAUGGCAGCUUGCGAGGAAGCCAGAUGUCAUCCAGGUUUUCCAGGAAACAAAUGACAGCGCAUGAGACCAACUGGGAAAGAGAGAAACACGUUUCAUUUCAGCAUGGGCUGAACUUCACCUCUUCUUGUGCAGCACCCAGCACGUCCGAACAGCUGAGGCCAGAGCCCCUGAAGUAUAACCAUCUGAGGAAGGUGCCCUGUGGGCCAUUGUUAGAUGACUGGAACUGCCUGGAGUCUGCCCAGCUCUUGCUGGGAUGUUUCCAUACAACGGACAUCCCGAAGGAGAAGAUACACCUGGAUCGUUGAUUUUUAUAGCCCUUAAUGGACCCGCUCUCCACUAAUCUCUUAAGCUGAUCCAAAAGCCUGCUGAAAUCAAUAGUAAGACCUCAGCCUUGCGAUGACAUCGAGGGUCUCUGGAUCAGAUGGAAAAAGAGGCAUUUGUUAUUCCACACAGCCUUCUCAACACCAAUGAACUUUAAAAAAAGAAAAAAAAACCCUGCUCUUUGAAGUGUAUAGGGAAACAGCUUAAUAUUUAAUGUAGCCAGUAAGUCUCUAACAGCCUGGAAUACGCAUAAAGGUAAGAGUUACUGUAGCUGUUUGGUUUAUUUGUAUCCAUCUGGAAUUGUAAAAUAGGUUUUGCAUGGAAACAUGGCACGCCUCUGUAUGUAGUGUCAAGAUGUAAAAACCAACGGGAUUCUGCUGUUUUUGUGAUAGCAGAUGCUAAAAAUCAGGCCUAUAACUGGGUGAGAGAGCUGGGUUUUGCUCUGCCCAAGUUUUGGUGCUCACGUCACAGUCUGAUGCAUGACCCAUGUGCUCCAGGGUGGAUUUAAGAUAAUGCUGAGCUCUGUUUGAGUGAGAAAUUCCCGCCCCAUGGUCCGCGGAACAGAGUUUGCUGUGACAAUCUGAAGCCAGAGCAACAACAGUGCUGCGCUCCUCUUGAGUGAAGCAUCCUUUACAGCAGGGUUAGGACUUCCUCCCCUCUGCUGGCUCAUGUUGCACAAGGAGAGGCAGCACGCUCACAAAAAUAAUUUGGGGGGUUGAUGUUUUUGCCAGUCUUCCCCUGUCUUGUUUCUCCAUCUGUGAAGGAGAUUUUCCUCUACCAGGAAGGAAAAAUGAAUUAAUGCUGGAAGACGCUAACGAUGCAGGAUGAUGGGAGCAGUAUCAGCCCCUGGGCAGGCUGUAUUCCUCUAAAGAUCCUGAAUGCUUCUAUAAAUCCAGGCCUGGCCUCAAUACAGCAAACAGCAGUACUGCAACCCGGUAAAUGCAAGGGGCUCCUUUAUUCCCACUUUUCAUGAUUUUAGCAAACCAUUGAAAUAGCUGUUUUCCUCCCAAUAUCCCUGCUAACGAGCUCAGAGUGCUUGUGGGUCCAAGCUUUUAUGAGAAAGCAAGUGGGAAUGUUUCCAAAUGUCUGACGCUAGCUUUCCUGGCCACGGCAAACACCUGAAAAACACAAAAGGGAAAUUUGCAUUAUUUUGAAGGUGCUCUAUGAUUUCUGAAGGCUUCUGGACAGUAGCAGAGGGCCCGUCCACCUGGGACGGGGGAGUUCAGGCACUGUGCUCCCGGCCAAAUGGCACGUCUCCACCACUGUCUUUUAUUUACUCUUCUUUUAAAUCUGCCCCUCAGGCAAUAAAAAGAUGCACAGAAACAAACUGGCUGUUGUCAUCACAGAUGGUCAGGUACAA